GAACUGCAACGGAUUCCCCGCAACGCCUCGAGGAAAUCUUCCUCCGAUUCUGGGAGAAACUCGACCAGCGCGUACAGGAAGGCCUGGACCAGGCAACAAAACAAAACACAUGCCAGUGAGCAAGGGCACAGGCAGCAGGGAGUGAAGAGGAUACCCUUGGAUGCAGCAAAAACACACCUAAGCACUCCUACUCUACCUCACCCACCUGGGCUGAAGGUCACCAGGGCUAAAGCCCAGAAACAUCUUCCACAGCGCUGGAGGUACAAGCGCCACAAGAGGCAGAAGACCACUAGGCCCCCCGGCUCUCCCACGAGAGGAGGAAACUUGGACUCAAGCAGUCACCGAGUUCGUGGCACAGUGAUGCAGGCCUGCUCACCAGCCUUGGGCUGCUCAGCAGAGGCCCUAUAUAACCCAUCAGCAGACACCAUCGGUUUCCCAGCGGAGGGAGUCGGAUGA